CUGGCACAGCCGCAACGCAUUCCAAAGCCUGCGCAUGCCUGAUAUGUCUUGCUCCUGCCUCAAUAUCAAGAGAUAUUGCCAGUAUCGAAGCAUUUCCUAAUCUUGCUUUCGUCUUGUCUAACUGCCCAUCUCCCAACCCUCACAAAGAGACUCUUCGCAGCUUGUAACCUUCCAAAGAACUCGCCGGUAACAUGCCUCUGAGAGAUUUACUCAAGAAGAAGGAGAAGAUUGAUGACGAGGGAAUCCUACCGCCACCCUUACCGCAGGCGAAUGAGUUCACCUUUGUUCGUACAGACACGCACACCGAAGAGUACAUCAAUCCCCCGACCUUUGACGAUGUGAGAGAUCCGUCUCCUGCUAGUCCAAGGGCCACUUCCGCCUCGAGACGAUCGUUCAGUCGAUUUCGCAAGAGUGUCAGCCCCAGCGGAUCUGACAUGUCGUCCCCAGAGAAGGAGAAAAAAGACCGCAGGCGACUAUCGGAGCGCCUACAUUUGAAUAAAGACCGGUCGGGUAGUACCAGCUCGGUCAAUCUACCCCCUGACCUGCCGGACAUUCGAGAUACAUAUAAUGAGUCUGGUGAUCGUCAGGACAGAGAAGCUCAAUGGGAAGAACGGGCCACCAAACUAGCAGGCAAAAGUCCUAUACUCCCAGCCAAAUCACCGACGAACGAACUGGAGAGUCUGAGCCUAGGCACGAGACAGCGAGCACGGAGUGUGAACGACCCGAAGGGCGACAUUGACAUUCAGAAGGCCAUCCAACUUCAUGAGUCUGGUGACCUGUCAGAGGCAACAGAAAUGUUUCGCCAACUGGCUGAGUCCGGCAAUGUCUUGUCCCAAGUUCUGUAUGGACUCUCCCUUCGCCACGGUUGGGGGUGCCAGCCCGAUCCUGCGCGGGCGGUAACCUAUCUGUCAGCGGCUGCAAGCAACUCAGCCACUAUCGAAUCAGAUGCGCUGAAAGCCGGCAUGAAAAAGGGAGGCGCGGCCAAAGGAGAACUUGUGCUUGCCAUUUUUGAACUGGCAAACUGCUUCCGACAUGGUUGGGGCAUUCCAGUCGAUAAAGUCGCAGCGAGACAAUACUACGAGACAGCCGCCAACCUGGGAGACACUGACGCAAUGAAUGAGGCGGCCUGGUGUUAUCUGGAAGGAUUUGGGGGCAAGAAGGACAAGUUUAAAGCGGCACAGCUUCUCAGAUUGGCGGAGAAGAACGGUGCAAAAACACUAGGGAAUACCUGGAUUUGGAAGGAAAAGUACGACCCGCCCAAGUGAGGCCGGAAAAUCCUCCAGCAGAAAUGUCUCUUUAAGCGAGUCUUGCUUGGUGAUCGCUACUGGUCGCCCGCCAUGUCUCAUUGAGCCCGGCCCGUGGUCUACACAAGCCCUCCACCACAUAUCGUAUUGGCUACUCUCAGGUCGGCUUCGAAAGCCUUUGCGGGAUACGAAUCGAUGUGUCCAGGCAACAAGGAUACGCGCGUUGAACGAGGCGGUCAAGCAGGCCUGGGACGAAUCUUUGACUCAUUUCCAGCCUUAAGUUGGGCAUACAUUGUUUUCUUGCUCCUGGCUCAUGAGCUCAUGAGAUUUACAUUGACGAGUCUUGGCGUACACAUCAAAUGAGCUUGAUCGAUGGUCAGUCUCGACGCGACCUCAGGGAGGCGGACAACUUGACCCAUCCUGUCUGUCCGGUCUGGUGAUGAUAACGGCCGCAGUCUUGGUCAGUCUCCCUUCUGCGAAUCCACAUGCAUGACGCAGGGACAAGCCGCUCAUGCCAUGCCCAUCAUUUCUCUUACAGGAGCAACAUUUCGAUUGCUUUCCUCGAGCUUUGGAGUCCUUGGGGGAUAGGGCGUCAUUAUUUUGGAGUGGAGUUGUCUUCUUCUGGGUGGGUUUCCUCCAAGUGGCCGUCGUUGUCGUGGUCUGUGUCUUUGCCGCUCCUUUCUCUACGAGUAAGAAUGCUGGUCACAAUACGGAGUAUGAGAAAUGGGCUUCUUUGCACGCUUGAUCAUCGCACGAUCAUCACAACACGGGAUAAGCAUCUACUUGGAUAUUGGUCGCUUUGACGUUUCCCGUCUGCUAAUGCCGACUCCUCAUUCCCGGAUAGUCGUUUGAAUGCGAACAUCAAGUGGUUCUGUCUCUACCUUUUUU